GGCUGCGGCUCCUCAGUCAGCGGCGGCUGCUGCUGCCUGUGGCCCGGGCGGCUGGGAGAAGCGGAGUGUUGGUGAGUGACGCGGCGGAGGUGUAGUUUGACGCGGUGUGUUACGUGGGGGAGAGAAUAAAACUCCAGCGAGAUCCGGGCCGCGAACGAAAGCAGUGACGGAGGAGCUUGUACCACCGGUAACUAAAUGACCAUGGAAUCUGGAGCAGAGAACCAGCAGAGUGGAGAUGCAGCUGUAACAGAAGCUGAAAACCAACAAAUGACAGUUCAAGCCCAGCCACAGAUUGCCACAUUAGCCCAGGUAUCUAUGCCGGCAGCUCAUGCAACAUCAUCUGCUCCUACGGUGACUUUAGUACAGCUGCCCAAUGGUCAAACAGUUCAAGUCCAUGGCGUUAUUCAGGCGGCCCAGCCAUCAGUUAUUCAGUCUCCACAGGUCCAGACAGUUCAGAUUUCUACCAUUGCAGAAAGUGAAGAUUCACAGGAGUCUGUGGAUAGUGUAACUGAUUCUCAAAAACGAAGAGAAAUUCUUUCAAGGAGGCCGUCUUACAGGAAAAUAUUGAAUGACUUAUCUUCUGAUGCACCAGGAGUGCCAAGAAUUGAAGAAGAGAAGUCUGAAGAAGAAACUUCAGCACCCGCCAUCACCACUGUAACGGUGCCAACUCCCAUUUACCAAACUAGCAGUGGACAGUAUAUUGCCAUUACCCAGGGAGGAGCAAUACAGCUGGCUAACAAUGGUACCGAUGGGGUACAGGGCUUGCAGACAUUAACGAUGACCAAUGCAGCUGCCACUCAGCCGGGUACUACCAUCCUCCAGUAUGCCCAAACCACUGAUGGACAGCAGAUCUUAGUGCCCAGCAACCAAGUUGUUGUCCAAGCUGCCUCUGGAGAUGUACAAACAUAUCAGAUCCGCACAGCACCCACUAGCACCAUCGCCCCCGGAGUUGUUAUGGCGUCCUCCCCAGCACUUCCUACACAGCCUGCUGAAGAAGCGGCACGAAAGAGAGAAGUCCGUCUGAUGAAGAACAGGGAAGCAGCACGAGAGUGUCGUAGAAAGAAGAAAGAAUACGUGAAGUGUUUAGAAAACAGAGUGGCAGUGCUUGAAAACCAAAACAAGACACUGAUUGAGGAGCUCAAAGCACUUAAGGACCUUUACUGCCACAAAUCUGAUUAAUUUGGGAUUUAUUUUCACCAUUUCAGGUGGAAAAAGGACUUGGUUUGGCCACAACCAGAAAGACAAAAAGAAACAUUUUAUUUUCUAAACAUUUCUUUUUUUUCUAUGCGCAAAACUGCCUGAAAGCAACUACAGAAUUUUAUUCGUUUGUGCUUUUUUGCAUUAAACUGUGAAUGUUUCAACACCUGCCUCUUCUUCUCCCCUCAAGAAAUCUUCAGCACCAGGCAUCAUGAAGGAACUCCAGCUUUUCAACCUCCACCUCUGCCGCAAGAAGUAACAAUUUGUUUACUUACCAGUUUAUGGGAGGAAAUGAGGAAAAAGAAAACUUUAAAAAUUAUUUCAAGGUUUGUGCUGAGCUCCUUGGUAAGCCUGAGGGGCAGUCAUGCAGCCUGUUGAGGUGAAGUGCUGCGUGGGCCACAGGCAUAAAGGAAGUAAGGUGCAGUGAAGAAGUGUUGAUUGCCAAUUGACAUGUUUUCACAUUUUCGUUGUGAAUUAUGUACAAUUAUUAAGAAAUAGACCCUCCUAAAUUUUUAUAAGGGUUUUGAAGAAAUUGGGAAUGAAUUUGGAGUGCUUUCUGUAUACAAAUGUACUUGAUUCUGACUGAAAACUUGUCCUUGGUCUUUAAAAAUAUACUGUACCAACUACAGCUCUUCCAUGGGUCAGUUGUUGCUUCUUAAUUCUGUAUGUGUUCAACACUUUGAAUACAUUAAAAGAAGUGACCAACUGAACGUACCAGCAUGAUUAUUUUAAUUUUUAAUUAAAUCAGAAGACACAGAAGAACAAAGCUUUUUUGUUUUAGUUAGUACUAAAUUCCUAAUAAAAAGAUGCUCAUUAUUAAGCCAAUCCCUUGAAUAAUAUAAUAAGGUUUUUAAAUAAACUAUUUUUUUAUCCUCAUCUUCAAAAAUAAUUUAUAUUGUCACUCAUUUAAAAGACAUUUUAAUUAUAAUUUUUUCCUUUGCACUUGCUUUGUACCCCACCACCAGGAAAGCCUUCCGGUUGUUAAAUAAAGCCAAGUAAUAUAUUUUGUUUAUGAAAUGUUAUGGAUUAUAGAAAAGGCCUGAUUUUAAAUCGUUCCCACAUUAGCAUUAGCAUAAUACCUCAAGUGAAUUUUUUUAAGUGAAAAAUGUUAUAUGGAGUUCUAAAAAGUACAGUGUUAUUUAUAUAUGCAGGAGGAAAGACAUUUUCUCUGGACAUAUUUAAUGACUUCUGUACUGCAACAUUUGGGUUGUCAUUCACAUUAAACUUUGUUUUUCUCUAAACAGUGUAGUUAUGCUUCAGCUUUCCAAUAUAACCUUGUCAGGGCUACCUGUUUUAACUCUUCUUUGUAGCAUACAUUGUUUCCAGUACUAUGAUUAUUACUCAUUCACUAAGCCUGGUGAAGUCUAAAAGUUA